AUGGCCUGGGCUCCCUUGGCCAUCAAACAUCGCGCUGUUGUAUUCCACUCUGGAAAUCUGUUGGUGAUCGUCGCCAUGCUUCCGUCGCCGUGUCAGCCCAUGCCCGCUACCGGUGUCUUCGGGAAGCAGCGAUGCUACCUUACGGCGUAUGCUGCGGUUGCGCGUCCCACAAUGACGACAGCCUUCCUCUGUAUUCCACGUGGCGGUGCAAACGCAGUGUGGCUGGUGCCUGUGUUGAAUACGCGGGAAGGACAAUCCGACAGCGAAGACCGGGGCCUGAGCAGCCCGCCGUGGUUACGAGUCCCGGCCAGCCAGCGCCCACUCGCCAACCUCCGCUGGGCUGCUCCAACAAUCGUCUGCCAUUCAGUCAGGUCAGGUCCCAGGUUUGCCGAUUAUCCCAUUCGCAAACUGCACGCACGCACACCAUUUCAUCUCACAUACAACCACCCGGACCUCAUCCUCGCCAUCACCCGGCACAACCUUCUCCUCCCUUCAGCCUUUCCGCAAGCCCAAUUACAUGGUAUUCCAGGCUCUGGCAUCUUUGACCACAAGCUUAUCACUCUCCCACGCAGCUUGCUUUUUGUAGGACGCAGAGUGGCUGCCUCACAUACCGCAUUGCAUAGCGAAGCAUCCGACGGCACUUGGUUGACUUGUCUCGGGGUCCUUGUCGUCCUUGCAGGUAUCACCUUACCUACUACUGAAAGCGAUCAUACUACGAAGCGCCAUCCCGAAAGAGGAGGUCGCCACUUUCCAUCGCCUAUACACGCGUACAACCCAAACCACCACGACCAAAGGUGGCUGUUGCCUCUGCUGCCGCGGCUCUUGCAAGCACACGACCCAUACAACCACUCCACCUCGUCCCAAUUCCAAUUCCACCUUGAUUCAACUACAUACGAACAACGACACCUCACCCAACCGAUCCCACCGAACAUCCCCUCCCCCCUCUCUCCUCCGGCGACCCCUCCCAGUCUUCCCGCCGCCAUCAUGCCGUCAAUUUUGAGCGACGAUGACAAGGAGACGGUCAAGCGCUUCGUCCCCAAGCAGACCAACAAGAUCCAAGCCGUAGCCGUUGCCAGGCUAUACGUUGCUUACCCCAACCCCGCGAGAUGGACAAACACGGGUAUUCAGGGCGCCAUCGUCCUGUCAAACGAUCUCGUCGGCAAUACGUACUGGCUCAAGAUGGUGGACAUUUCAUCUGGAAACCGCGGUGUCAUCUGGGACCAGGAGAUUUUCGACACGUGGAGCUACAAUCAAGAUCGCACCUAUUUCCACAGCUUUGAGAUUGAAGAAUGCCUCGCCGGCCUCUCUUUCACCGACGAGAAGGAAGCCAAGCAAUUCAAGAAGAAAAUGGACGAUAGAGAAAAGAACGCAAGCAGAGCUACGAGAUCGACACCAUUCGGAGGAGCCUCCCAGGCUGCCGCACAUAAACAUGGUCUACUUGGAGGUCUCUUUGGCGGCCGGCAUGCAGCAGCGCCUACCCCUCCUGACUCCCCGCGAUCGAACCAGCCACAUGGCCGUAUGCCUUCUCUGAAUGGCGGUCAUAAAUCUUCAGAAUUCGCUGUUCUUGAUGCCUUCGACCCUCAAUGGCGGGAGAAUUUCGGCCAAGAUCUCCGAGAUAAGGGACUGACGGAUGAGUUCAUCAAGGAGAACCAAGAAUUCAUUGUCGAAUUCCUGAAGGAGGAGCAAGAGAAACUAAUGGCUGGCGCUCGGAGUCAUGCUCCUCCUCCCCCUCCUCCGCCAGCACCACAUACAAAUGGCCUUGAACUUCGGAACGGAAGAGCGCCUCCUCCACCGCCUCCUCCAGGAGGAAGUCAUUCAGAUGGCCCACGUUUACCUCCGCCCCCGCCCGCACCUAGGCGCGGCGCGGCACCUGCACCCCCGCCUGCUAGGAGAUCUGGAAAAGCAGAUACGCCUGCUGUCAAUAGAGAACCGACACCCCCAAGUGAGCCUCCAGCGCCAGAAGCAUCGAGGAGUCGAUUCGCAGUACCGCCUCCCCUACCUGAUGCCGGCAAACUCGCACAUGCUUUGGGAGGUUCAGUCAAUGCUAUUCGUGGUGGGCCAGCAAACCCUGGGCCACCUCCUCCGCCGCGGCCACCCAAAACGCCAAUGCAAGAGGAAGAAAGGCCUGCUGGACACAAAUUUGGUGUACCGCCCGCAUUUGCCGGGGCCAGGCAGGGCCCGCCACCUCCGAGUCGAGGACCCGUCCCACCGCCGCCGCCCCCACGUUCGGAUGGCCCGCCACUCCCUCCGAAAGCUCCGGCGUCAGAGGCACCGCCGUUACCACCCCCGUCUUCACGACCGGUGCCUCCACCCCCGGCGCUUGGCAGUCCGCCCCUGCCUCCUCCUCCACCACCGUUGCCAUCAUCGAGUGCUCCUCCGCCGCCGCCUCUGCCCACCUCGCCGCCACCUCUCCCAACAUCAAAUGCUCCUCCGCCGCCGCCAUUGCCGUCGUCCAAUGCCCCUCCGGCACCUCCUCUGCCUCCGUUAAACAAUGCGCCGCCUGCGCCUCCUCCGCCGCCUCCCGGAGCAGGAGCACCUCCCCCACCGCCGCCACCUCCACCACCAGGAGGCCUGGGCGGACCUCCUCCACCACCCCCUAUGCCCAACCGAGACUCUGGGUACUCCUCUGGCGUUCCUGUUCCUCAACCGGAUUCUUCGCGCUCGGCCGUCUUGGGAGACAUCCAGAAAGCUGGUGGCAUCAGGGCCCUGAAGAAGGUGGACCGCAGUCAGAUCCGCGACAGAAGCAGUGCCACAGUUGGUGGCGGUAGUGAUAGUGGUCCUCAUGGAAGCGGCUUGCCUCCAGCCGGUGUAGCACCUGGUGGUGGUGGUGGUGACAUGGCUAACGCUCUGGCCGCUGCCCUCCAGAAGAGAAAGGAGAAAGUUAGCAGAAGUGAUGAUGAGAGAAGCGACAACGACGACUGGACAGUCUUGGGGUCAUUGGACCGGUACCGCAAGUUGUGGCCUAGGCUUCUUGGGCGGAUGGAAGCAGUAUUACAUCGUAUUCGAUUCUUGGCUAUCCAAAGCGACAGCUGCACAAUUAGGGAUCAGGCGGGCGGGUACGGUCUAAAAGCAUCACAGUUCUUUGGUUGGUCAACCCCAAAGGUGCCAGGGAGAUGCUCAGCAUAUCCGCAUCUGGAGAACGGCACCAGGGUAGAAUUAGGACAAUCUUACUUUCGAAGCAAGCCCGCGGACCGCAUUAAGACAAUUGGCAAGCGUGAUAUGAUGAACAUUUGCCAUGACGUCUCUCCCACCAUGGCCCGUCCAACGCACCACCCUUGA